UAAACCGGGUAAAAAUUUGAAAAUCUUAGUUGUAAUAAAAAGAUAAAGAUAGCUAUUACCAUGUAAUUUCCAGCACUGGUUCUAACUAACUUAUUCUCAUGAUUUAACUAUCAUUUGAUAAACAAUUUUCCCUUUCCUAAUAAGAUGUUUUAGAUGCUUAACACCAUUAAAAAAAAUGCAAAACGGAGUAUAGCGCUUAUAGCUCAAACUCGACAACUAACUCUACCUCAGGUAAUUUCUACUCGAAGGUCUCGAAUUCCUCGAUACUUGUCGUCAUUAUAUUUUUCGCUCCCUCUCAAAGUCCUAGUUAACAGUUAAAGAGGCUUGAUGCGCCUCUAUUUUUUUUUCUUUAUUCAUAAAUAUAACACUGCAUAAUUAUAAUCUAACAACAUUGUCCCAUUUUUGGUUUACAUCAAAAGUCAGUCGUCAAAAUUCUAAAAGGUUUUGACGAAAUGACGGCUGUCAGAGCCUCUUGCUCCAACGAAACUUUGGGUGAGCAGACUGUGGCAAGGAAAGAACUUCGUUAUCGCGUGUGCGCCUAUACAGCAACUACAAAUCAUCUCCAUGGGGGACGAGAGCAUUCCACUCGUUUGUACACGAACGGUGAACCUCUUGGCCGGUGCCACAAAUAUCGCAGAUUUGAGCUGCGAUUGACAGAUCUAAGUCAUCAGAGCAAGGAAGGCACCGUGGUAUCUCUUUCACCUCGCAACAUCACCACAGAGAUGGCUGUCUCCGUUGCAGUCAUAACCUUAGCGAUACUCCUCUCUGAACAAGCAGACGGACGAAGGAAAUUCAGGGACAACCCAGUGAUCCCGUCUGCUCGACCGAGUUUAGUCACCAGCGAAGAAGUCACUCAGUUCUGCUCUCUCAUGCCAUGGAUGAAACCUCAUCAAAAGCAAAAAUGUCUGCUUGAGCCACUAGUCAUGCCUAGCGUUCAGCGCGGGGUUGGGAUGGCCCUUGAAGAGUGUCCUAACCAUUUUAGCGAUCACAAGUGGAAUUGCUCCGGGGUAAACACAGCACAGGUCUUUCAGGAGCGGGGAAUCUUAAAAACAAAUACCAAGGAGAGCGCCUUCGUGUUUGCUCUCACAUCAGCAGGGGUGUCCUUUCAAAUAACCAAGGGCUGUAGCCUUGGCAACUGGGAACAGUGCGGUUGUGAUACGCAGGUUCGCGGGCGCGUGCAGACUAAAGACGAGGCGAGUUGGGAAUGGGGCGGAUGCAGCGAAAACGUGGGGCAUGGGGACGAUUUCUCACGCAAAUUCAUGGACCCAGAGCCGCCGCGCAAAGAAUUGGAAUACCUGUUGGUGAAGCAUAACAACGAGGCUGGGCGCAAAGCCUUGAAGGAUAACAUGGGCAAGACAUGUAAAUGCCACGGCGUGUCGGGGUCGUGCACUGUGAAAAUAUGCUGGCGUACUAUGCCAAACUUCAGCGUCGUGGCCCAAUUACUACGCAAGAAAUUCGACCAAGCAACUAAGGUCAAAGCUAACGACAAAAAGACGAAACUCCAACGUAUCACUCGUGGUAAGCGGGGUAAGAAGAAGAGGCAGAAGGGCAGACGACCAUCUGCGGGGGAUCUGGUCUUCGCGGAAAAAUCCCCGAAAUUUUGCAUCCCAAAUCCGGAGUUAGGAAUUCUUGGAACAAGAGGUCGUGUGUGUGAUGCAAAUGCCAAAGAUAAUCGAGGGUGCAAAAAGAUGUGCUGUAAUCGCGGGUACGACACAUUCAAGUUGUCGAAUCAAGUCAAGUGCAACUGCGAAUUUAUUUGGUGUUGCAAGGUGCAGUGUGACAUGUGUAAAAAGGACUGGACCGAGUAUCGAUGCCGAUAAAGCCCCCACCCUACCCGCAACAUAAAUGCCUUGGAAGGAGUUCGCGUAUUAAAAUAACGCCUUUACUUCGGCAAGAUUGAACACUUGUGUAUUGAACACAAGUCAAACAAAAGGUUGAAAUCUCGGCAUGGAUUUUCCACGAAAACUUCCUCCUGAUCACGUGCCUUGGCAUUCUGAUCACGUGUGUUUUGGUCCGAUGUUCUUAUGCAGUGGCCCCUACGUGUUAUAUCACUUUUAUCACGUGUCUUAGUAUUCUGAUCACGUGAUAGUAGCAUGGACACCGUAUAGUGAUUAUUUGAUGCUUAUUGACAUCAUUCAAGGCGAGUUGGGUUGUUAUUUUUCCGAGGGUUAAUGCUCUUAUAGCGGCGUACUUGAAAUCUGAAAUUUAGCUGAAUAUCUGUCAUACUGGAUACUGCUUGUGACUCAUACCCUCUAAGAAACGAAUAACGUCGAAUCACAGUUCUACAACCGAGACAGCUCUACUCGAGAUCAUGCUCAAUUCUAUAACCGUAGCGGCAGUUCCCCCGUUGAAUAGUGAUAUAUUAGUCUCAGAAUAUCCCCUCAUGCACUUACUGUACGUCGUAGAACUUUCAAUCGACAAUUGCCCAUGUCAUCGUUAGCCCAGACAACAGGACCUGUUUCAAAUAACGUAGCCUGCUUGCAGGCGUUGGAUGGUGUUUUAUCAGAGAAAACCCGAAGUUCGUGAUCUGCCCGCGCGCGAGCUGGGGAGAGGCGAAAGAGGACAGAUUAAGCAAGAAGACCGCCACGAUCACGAACUUCGGGUUUUCUCUGAUAAAAUACCAUCCAACGCCUGCAAGCAGGCUGCAAAUAACAAAAAUCCAUGUAUCGUGACCCGCAUUGCUUCAUGUGUAUCAUAUACACUCGCAGUGCUUCAUGGGUAAAUAAAAACAAAUACCGGGUUUUAGCAUGCAAAGCUUUUCUUUUCAUGUGCUUAUGAAUAUUUUACUUCUUUUUUAGAUACCAGAAUUUAGCCUUGACCAUAAACCCCUUGUGCAGGUUACGACACAUGGAUUCUCGAAUACAAUCUUAUUUCAAAUGUGCAUAAUUUUAACCGCCUGUUAUGGUGUAAAAGGCUUAGGUAUCAUGCAGGUUUAGUAUAGACAUUCGUUUAAACUCGAUAAAAGGAAGAAAAAAGGUAGUAUUUUAGGUACAAAAUAAGGAAAAGUUCAAAAUUGCAUCAUUUUACUUCACUUUUGCGUCGGAUUUCAUAACCCCCUUAUUAUAUUUAAUAACUGGCCCAGCAAAGCGGGUGCUGCGUGCAUACCGUGUUGGGUGGUGCUGCAAAGUAGCAACUAAUUUCUUUGUCCUUUUUUUUUCCAAGACGUCCCAAAGACUGAUAUUAUAGUAAAAAUUUAGUGUACAUGUCAUAAUUUAUUUGUAAUAUCCAAAAUUCUUCAUGAAAUACAUAUUAAAUAUCUCGAGUCAUCCUCA